AUGGACUCCUCCUACGACUCCUCCUACGAAAAGGCCCGUAUCCCUCUUCUCAAGGGUACUGAGGACUAUUUCUCAUGGUCAAGAGUCAUGAAAGCACGCCUGAAUAGGCUCAAAGCGUGGAGUCCUAUCGUAUCAGAUCCUCCUGUUAAUCGUGGCCGCACAAAAGCCCCUAUAACUCUUGCUCGAUUUCGAGAGCAAUUCGAUCAAUUGGAUCUUGACUUGGAUACCAAUGGAUGGAAUCAGCGCCAAUGGGAUGCUGCUUACGAGGACUACAAGGAAGAGAUUAGGGAAUUCAACGAGUGGCAAGAUAAGGAGAAAAUGGCCCUUUCUGAGAUCAUAGAACGGCUAUCUCCUACUGUUCUGACUCGAAUGAACAGAUACUCCACUCCAAAGACCCUAUGGGAAGCCCUCAAGCAGGCGUACGCAGCUCCUCUCAUAACAGAGCAACUCCAAGCGCUCCAGAAUCUCCUAAGCCUUUGA